AUGUCUGACAAGGAGAGCGAUGGCCCGCAAAAGUCGCAUGUAGACAAGUCGAAGAAUCCAAAAGAGCUGAAUCCAGAGUUCGAAAAAGGCGAUGAAGUGACUAUGGCGACGGGCAUAAACGGAAAGCCUGAGAAAUACACGGUCCACGAUGACCGGUGGAACAAGAAAGAUGGAGGGUACGAGUACCAGGUGAUCAAGGAGGGCGAAAAGGAAGUCUACAAGCAGAUGGUUGGCAAUGAGGAGGUCGAAUGGGUUAAAGAGAAGGAUAUGGAGCUUGUGUAG